AAACGAUCUUGAAAUAUAAACAAAAAAUAAUUUUACAUUUAAAACAACUAAAACCGUGUGUAAAUACUAGCUUCCAAAUGAAUGAGGUAUAAAUGUCAUUGAGCUAAGAUUUGAUACAAUCUUCUGUACCUUCCAUCGGCAUCAAUAUGAAUCCAGCCGAUGGUUUGCGCAUGAUGUGGAUGAGUAGCCAAUAUAAUUCGGAACGCAUUUCAUUGGAGGAUGCAGCUACAAUAUUGGGACAUCCCACAGUUGGACUCUCUGUUAUGGAGGAUAUGCAACAUCAACCAACUUUGGAUAUGAAUCCAAUGAUGAGCCUUGUUGGGGGGGAUUUCUCUGGUCAGGCUGCUGCUGCGGCUGCAGCGCUGGGCGUUCAACCGGGCACCCUGAUAGCCACCAAUACAAAUAAUCUCUAUGGCUUUGCCCAUAUGGGCGGAUUGCAGCAGCAGCUAUUACAGCAAUCUGCAGCCGCUGCCGUGUUCCAGAAUUAUGCCGAAGUAACGGCCAGUGUGGAGGGUAUGGGUGUUGGACAUCAUCUGAUACAAGAUCCAAAUGGUUUACUCAGUAACGAUCAAGUGCUUCAGGAUGAUGAUGAUUUGCAGCAGCAGCAACAACAGCAGCAGCAGCAGCAAAUCUAUGGCCAAAUUGAUGAUGCCUAUGAUGAUGGCUCUUCGGUAUUGCAGCCCAAACAGGAGAUAAUCAACAUUGAUGACUUUGUGAUGAUGAAUGAGGAUAAUAAUUCCUAUGACGACACAGACUUCAUGAACUCCUCGGACAAGGAUAUAUCACAAUCAUCUUCCUCGUGCAUGGCACAAAUGCCGGUUGGAAGUCUAACACCAGCUGGCUUAUCGUCUGUCAGCGGUGGUGUAGAGCAUGAUCUGCUAGUCCCCCUAGGUGAUGGCCUAAUGCAUCAUAAGCUGCUUGGAACAACUCUAACCUCCACCGCCACCAUGUCCAACGCCAAUGCCUUAAUCACCAAUGGUGUCAAUCCAUUUGGCAAUAUUCUGUUGAAUAAUGGAGAGACACCCAUUAUGGCUAAACAAAUACGAACAUCAUCAUCAUCGACGCAAUCCUCCUACAGCAUAGCUAAAAGUAGUAUCGGCGGCGGCGGCGGUAAUGGCAAUAUGAUCGCCACAUCCACCGCCACCAAUUCGUCAUCAUCGAUCACCUCAUCGCCCACAGGUUCAUCCGUAAUGCAGCGAGCCCCGCGAAAGACACGUAAAAUCGAGCCCGUUAACAGGCCAGGACUUGUGUUAAAGACUCCAAUUGCCUACAAGGGCAACAUAGAUCCAUCGGUGAUACCAAUACAAAAAGAUGGCAUGGCUGUCUGUGAGCGUUGCGGUGCCAUUGGUGUAAAGCAUACAUUCUAUACAAAAUCUCGACGCUUCUGCAGCAUGGCCUGUGCCCGUGGUGAGCUCUACUCGUUGGUAUUGAAUAGUAGUAAAAUGGAUGGCACUACAGCACAAGUUAGUAGUAAUUCACCAGGACCUGCGGGUAAUUCGACUACCGCUGGACUGGAUAUGAAAGACGAUUGCAUAAGUGAUCCCGCAGAGGAGUCGCCACAGCAGCAUGAGCAGCUGCAACAGCAAUCGGAUAUUGAGUUGGCUCUACAGGCGGCUCACAUUAAGAAUGCCAAUUAUCGUUUUCGUAUCACAGAUCAAUCAAAGAUCACACAAUUAAAUGGUUUUGGUCAGCCAAUGUCUUUGGGCGGCGAUGCCGCUGCCAAUACAAUACAAAUGGCCACCGAUGAGACGAUAGCCGCAUUGAAUGGUGGCGAUGUAGGCGAUGCUGUCGCCCCAGCUGGCCAGGCAAACGGUGCCGGGCCGUAUCUAAGUGCGGCGCCAACGCCCAAAGCUCUACGUCUGUUCAAAGAUGUUUUUCCGCAGGAUGAUCUGCCACAAAUACCAAAAUACGAACGUCUUCCGGGUCCAUGUCCGCAAAUGGAGAAAAUCAAUAGUAUACGAAGGCGUAUGCAUGAUCCCACACACUCAUAUGAUUGGCUAUCUCGUCUGCGUAAAGAGGGUUUUAAUGCGGCACCUGUAACCUGUUUUCCGCAUGCUCCUGGCUGUGAGGUCUGGGAUAAUUUGGGUGUGGGCAUGAAGGUUGAAGUGGAGAACACAGAUUGCGAUAAUAUUGAGGUGAUUCAGCCGGGACAAACACCUACCUCAUUCUGGGUGGCCACCAUUCUAGAAAUUAAGGGUUAUAAGGCUCUAAUGAGCUAUGAAGGAUUUGAUACGGACUCCCAUGAUUUUUGGGUGAAUCUCUGCAAUGCUGAAGUCCAUUCGGUUGGAUGGUGUGCCACAAGGGGCAAACCAUUAAUACCUCCGCGGACCAUUGAGCAUAGAUAUAAGGAUUGGAAGGAUUUUCUAGUGGGUCGUCUAUCGGGUGCUCGUACCCUGCCCUCCAAUUUCUACAACAAAAUCAACGAUAGUCUUCAAUCACGUUUUCGUCUUGGCCUGAAUCUCGAGUGUGUCGACAAGGAUCGCAUCUCUCAGGUGCGUUUGGCCACUGUUACGAAAAUAGUGGGCAAACGUCUAUUUUUGCGCUACUUUGACUCGGAUGAUGGGUUCUGGUGUCACGAGGAUUCACCCAUUAUACAUCCUGUGGGAUGGGCAACAACAGUGGGUCACAAUUUGGCUGCCCCUCAGGACUAUCUUGAACGAAUGCUGGCUGGUCGCGAGGCCAUGAUUGAAGUACACGAAGAUGAUGCCACCAUUGAGUUGUUCAAAAUGAAUUUCACCUUUGAUGAAUACUUCUUGGAUGGCAAAACGAAUGGCUUUGUGGCAGGGAUGAAAGUGGAAGCCGUUGACCCUCUGAAUCUUUCCUCCAUUUGCCCGGCUACUGUGAUGGCUGUAUUGAAAUUUGGCUACAUGAUGAUACGCAUCGAUUCGUAUCAACCCGAUGAAUCUGGGUCGGAUUGGUUCUGCUAUCAUGAGAAGUCACCGUGCAUUUUUCCCGCAGGCUUCUGUGCGAGCAACAAUAUUACAGUGACCCCUCCAAAUGGCUAUGAUGCCGGCACAUUCACCUGGGAUCGUUAUCUACGUGAUACGGGCACUGUAGCCGCUGCACAGCAUCUAUUUCAUCGGGUUGUUCCAAAUCAUGGCUUCGAGGCUGGCAUGAGUCUGGAAUGUGCUGAUCUAAUGGAUCCACGCCUGGUCUGUGUAGCCACAGUGGCUCGGGUGGUGGGUCGUUUGCUGAAAGUUCAUUUCGAUGGCUGGACGGAUGAGUAUGAUCAAUGGUUAGAUUGUGAAUCGGCCGACAUUUAUCCAGUGGGCUGGUGUGUUCUGGUGGGACACAAACUGGAGGGGCCACCGCGAGUUACCCAUCAGCCAGUCGUAAAACCAGCACCAAAACCAAAAGUGCAGAGAAAACGUAAACCCAAAAAGGGUGGAGCAGCUGCGCCGGGAGUUAAGCAGCAACAUGACAAUCAAACGCCAUCCGUUAAACCUCGCACUAUUGCCUUAAAGACCACACCCCACUUGCCCAAGCUGAGCAUUAAACUGGAACUAAAACCAGAACAUCACAAUGCUGCCUUCUAUGAGAAUAAUCAACCCGAAGAGGAUGACGACGACGAUGCCGAUGGUGAUGGCGAUGUUGAUGGCGAUGGCAGUACCAGUCACAUGUCUGAGCAAUCAACUACCCAUUCCUCCACUGAUCAGAUGAUCCUCCAUGGGGUUGCAUCCACCAACGCUUCAUCUGUCUCCACUACAACAACAAUGGUCGCCUCAACGGUAAUUCCUGCUGCAUCUGUUGCUGCCGCUACAACUGCUGCUGCUGCUGCUACUGUUGCAGGCAACAACAAAAUGAACUCCUCUGCGACCAAUAGCAAGUACAUUCCACGACUGGCCGAUAUUGAUUCAAAUGAGGCGCAUUUGGAUCUCAUACCAGAUACCUGGAACGUUUACGAUGUAUCGCAAUUUCUGCGCGUUAACGAUUGUACGCCGCAUUGUGACACAUUUAGCCGGAAUAAGAUUGAUGGCAAACGUUUGCUGCAGCUAACAAAGGAUGAUAUAAUGCCAUUGCUUGGAAUGAAAGUGGGACCAGCGUUAAAAAUCUCCGACCUCAUUGCCCAGUUAAAGUGCAAAAUAAAUCCGGGCAAGGCCAGAAUACACAAGACCAAUAAAUCAUCAUUUUUAUAGUG